AUGUUCUUACGUAAGCAAAGUGUAGAAGCACUAAUAAAACAGUGUUCUGCUUCGUCGUCUUCAUCUUCACGUCACAUUUCACAUCACGAUCAAAAUCAUGAUGCAUCAAUACCAUUAUCAAAACAACAUCCUAGAACUCCUUUAUCAAUGGAUCCAUCGUUUCGGCCGCCUCUAGAAGAACUACCACGUCCAAAACAUUACACUCCGCAGGAACCAAUUACUUUUGAUAUUAGAGAGUUUUAUAAAAGUUAUUUUCCAAAUGAACCAAUUGAAGCACGUUUGCCAACACCAUGGCAUUUUGAUGUUUAUUAUCGUAAACAGUAUUAUUUAUUCGCUGUGGUAUUUGGAAUACUAACGGGAAUUUUUAUGUCAUGGAAGCGAAUAAAUGUUGAUAAAGCAAGACAAAAAGAUUGGGAUCGCCAUCAUGGAGACCCACUGUCUUAUCACGAUACGUUUGGACCGAUCAAUCCUCAUUAUCCUUACCCAAAAGUCACUGAGCAUUACAAAGGAUUUGGCGAGAAUAAUAGAGAGGAACAUAAUCACUUCAAACCUCUUCUCAAUCAUGAAGAACAUUCACAUUAA